CCAGACCAUGAAAGGGAUUCAUUAUUAACUAGUGGCAAGUCCCUGAUUUCUGCAUGCUUCUACAACUUGCUCUUUUCUAUUGAAACCUUAAGCCCCCUCUGUUAGUCUCACAGGCUCUCAUAUUACAGCUCCAUCCCCCCUUUCAAUGUGAGUAGAAUCCCUACAACUAACGCAAAGGCAGUAGUCUCAUCUGUGGCUGUGGGAAACAUGGCUGUAAUCUCUGCUGGAUAUAUUUUUUUGCUGCUAUUGCCUUUCUGUCUAACAAACUUAUGUGCUAGUGCUGAGGAGCUGAAUAUAGAAGAAGCAGUUCUCCCUGAAUCUUCCCUGCAAAAGCCCAGUGUCCUGAUUGCCAUCAUCGCUAGGAAUGCUGCACACACGCUGCCUUAUUUUAUGGACUGCAUUGAUAAACUGGAUUACCCCAAGAGCAGAAUCGCUAUUUGGGCAGCAACAGAUCACAACAUUGAUAACACCACAGCCAUAUUACGAGAAUGGUUAAAAAGUGUGCAGAAGCUAUAUCAUUAUGUUGAAUGGAGGCCUAUGGCAGAACCUCAAUCAUACGCUGAUGAACUUGGACCAAAACACUGGCCAGCUUCCAGAUUUGCCCAUGUAAUGAAACUGCGCCAAGCCGCAUUGCGUACUGCCAAAGAGAAAUGGUCUGAUUAUAUCUUGUAUAUAGAUGCCGACAACUUUUUAACCAAUCCCCAGACUUUAAAUCUGAUGAUGAAAGAAAACAAGACAAUUGUUGCCCCAAUGCUUGAAUCUCGAACUCUCUACUCUAACUUUUGGUGUGGAAUGACACCUCAGGGCUACUAUAAAAGAACUCCAGACUAUGUUCUGAUAAGAGAGUGGAAGAGAUUGGGUUGUUUCCCUGUUCCAAUGGUUCAUUCGACUAUUCUCAUUGACCUCAGGAAGGAGGCAUCCAAAAACCUACAGUUUUAUCCUCCACAGGAAGAUUACACCUGGGCAUUUGAUGAUAUUAUUGUCUUUGCAUUCUCUAGCAGACAAGCAGGAAUUCAAAUGUAUAUCUGUAACAGAGAGCAUUAUGGGUAUCUUGCUGUUCCAAUGAAACCUCAUCAAAGCCUGCAGGAUGACAUAGAUUAUUUUGUGCAUGUGCAGACAGAAGCAAUGAUUGACCGCCCACCUCUGGAACCAUCUCGGUAUGUCCAGGUGCCACCCAAACACCCAGAUAAAAUGGGAUUUAAUGAGAUUUUUAUGAUCAACUUGAAGCGACGGCAAGAUCGCAGAGUACGUAUGCUUCGAAGUCUAUAUGAACAGGAAAUCCAAGUGAAAAUUUUUGAUGCUGUUGAUGGAAAGGCACUGAAUGCGAGCCAACUGAAGGCAAUGAAAAUAGAAGUGAUACCUGGAUAUCACGAUCCCUACUCUGGUAGAACACUAACAAGCGGUGAAAUUGGCUGUUUCCUUAGCCAUUACUAUAUAUGGAAAGAGGUGGUUGACAGGGGCCUUGAAAAAUCACUCGUCAUUGAGGAUGAUGUUCGGUUUGAGCCUUUAUUUAAACACAAGCUAAUGAAGUUGAUGAAUGACAUUGAAGAGGCUGAAGUGGAGUGGGAUUUGAUCUACAUUGGUAGAAAGCGAAUGCAAGUAGAGCGCCCAGAAAAGGCAGUUCCAAAUGUAAUGAAUCUGGUUGAGGCUGACUAUUCCUACUGGACCCUUGGAUAUGCCAUUUCCAGGCAAGGAGCAGAGAAACUAAUAGCAGCAGAACCUUUCAAUAAGAUGUUACCAGUGGAUGAGUUCCUUCCUGUCAUGUUUAACAAACACCCAGUAAAGAAAUAUUUGGAAUAUUAUGAAUCUCGGAAUUUGAAGGCCUUCUCUGCUGAACCUCUGCUUGUCUACCCUACACACUACACAGGCCAACCAGGGUAUUUUAGUGACACUGAGACAUCCACCAUCUGGGACAAUGAAACACUAGUAACUGAUUGGGAUCGAAGGUACUCUUUGAAAUCUAGAGAGCAGGGUCAGAUACACAGCGACGCUCAGAACAAGGACGCGUUACCGCCUCAGCCGACACUUGAAACAACAUCAUCACGGGAUGAACUAUAAUUAUUGGAAAACAUGUGCAGGGCACAUCAUUUUUGUAUAGAUGCUGUAUUUUUUACUGUGAAUUUUUUAGUAUAAGGAAUUAAAGAUAUUUUUAUUUAAAGAGAAAAAGAUCACAUAGAAAUCAA